AUGAUUAUGUAUAUGAUUUCUAUACAGAUUCUUAUAAUGAUCCCUAUGCUAAUUCUUAUCAUAAUCCUCAUGCUGAUUCUUUUAAUGAUUCCUAUACUGAUUCUUACAAUGAUCUUUAUGCUAAUUCUUAUAAUAAUCUCUAUUCUAAUUCUUAUAAUGAUCCUCAAGCCAAUUCUUAUAAUGAUUCUCAUAAUAAUAGAUCUGAUAAUUUAGAAGAUGAUAAAUUAUCUCAAGCAGAAACUGUUACUA